AUGGCGGUGCAGCUUCAGCGGUUGUCCCACAUCGCCCUUCACGUGCGCGACAGCGAGCGCCUAGCGCGCGACCUCUUGCGCCGUUUCCGUUUCCAGCUGUGCGGCACGCGGCUGACGGAGCGGGCUAAGCAGAUCGCUCUGAGGAGAGGCUCCGCCGUCUUCGUGGUGAACGAGAGCCGGGCCGGCGAGCGCUCGGAGCCCGGCGGCCUCCUGUACGAUGUGGUUCCGGCCCAGGCGGUGGACAGCGCCUGUAACGUGUCCUUCGAGGUGAAGGAUGUGGAGCGGGCGACGCUGCGGCUGCACCGCCUGGGCUGCCAGGUCGUUGUCCCGCCGAGGCUGGUCGAGGAUGAGCUGGGCUGGGUCACCUACUCGGUGGUGCGCUCAGUGGUGGGCAAUAUCUCACACACUCUGAUCGACCGGAGCGGUUACCGUGGGGAAUUCCUGCCCGGCUUCGUGCAGCCGCCUUGCCCCGGGGACUGGGCUGAAGAGAGGGAGGUGUCCGGGGGGCCGGUAGCCAUCAGCCACUUCGAUCACAUCACCUACGCGUGUCCCCGGCGGCAGAGCGUUCACAUCAUGGACUGGUACCGCCGCUGCUUCGGCUUCCAGCGCUUCCUUGUCAACCGAAGUGAAGAUCUCAAUCACGGUUAUGUCAUUGAAGGAAAUAAUGUUGGUCUGCGCCUUACUGCUAUGGAGUAUUGGAAAUGCAGUGAGGUUGGCAUGUCCAUGCCCACAAAUGAACAGCAGAAAUUGGACUGCAAAUUUGUGAUAGCUGAGUCCUUAGCCAAUCAAGGUAAAAAUCAAAUUGACACAUUUUUAGAUCAGCACCUUGGAGCUGGGAUACAGCAUGUGGGCUUGUACACGACUGACAUAGUUUCAACUUGCAAGUUCCUUACAGAUGCUGGAGUUCAGUUUUUCUGUCCCCCUUCUGCAUAUUACAAUGAGACUGAGAAAUGGCAGGAGAUCAUGAAAGCAGGACAAGAUCCAGAGUUGCUUUCGCAGUACGGCAUUCUUCUGGAUUCUGACAUAGAUAAUGAGCAUUGGAAAGGAGAAGCCAAGUGUCAGGGACCAGCUAAUACAAGAUAUCUAAUGCAAACGUUCACAAAACCAAUUUUUUCUGAGGAGACCUUUUUCCUUGAGCUUAUUGAACGAAAGGGUGCUUCAGGAUUUGGAGAAGGAAAUAUCCGUGCCCUGUGGAAAUCUGUUCAGAUUUGCAUGGACCAGCAGGAGAACAAAAAUUUGUGAAAGAAAGAUCAACUAGGAAUGGGUAGGCUAAUGAUGGCAAACAGCUGAAAACUGCUACAUCGAGUGCUGUCCAUUGGCCAAAAUGCUGUCUUAUGCCAUGGGGCUUCUACUAGCCACAUUAUACAGGGGCAAAAAAUGUCUUGCAUAUAUGCACUGGAGCAGAAAGAGUGAAGCUUACAAUACAGGUUAACCAAGCCAUUAAAAUGUGAAGGGCCUCAGGAAUAUGUUUACCUGGAUUUAAUUUUUUCUCAAUUUUUCAAAAUGCAGGAAUUCUCUAACUGUCCUUUCCCUCCCACACUGACUGGAGUGAGCUACACUGCACUUUGGAACUACUGUGGUUUUUAUCUUUUAUUUUCCUUAGAUUCUGCAGUGAUUGGAUUGAGUCAGCCAAAUGAAAGUCAAAGAAUAUGAGUUCUCUGACUGGCGCUAUUAACCGGGUUCAAUUGGAGACCUGGCUGCUAAAUAUAAGUAGGGGUAACAGGCGUUCUGUUCACUAGGAGCUGGCUCUGAACUAGCUGGGCCAGUGUCAUACAUUAUGCACAUGUAAAUGAACGGUGACUUGGUGAAGGGAUACUGGCCUCCGUGGGGCUAUUUAGAUUGUUAGAUUUUUAAUCCAACAAUGUAUUAGUUGUAUUCAACACAUUUGUGUGUUUUCUAAUUAAUAUUUUUUUCCUAUCUCCUUGCAAUCAGAUAUAUUGGCUUGGAUUUUUGAGAUAAUGACGGUAAAACUGUUGGUGUUCGCAGCCAUUAUGCUGUUCGAACUGGUAGCAACUUCCUGUGUCUGCAUGUAACAUAAGAAAUAGGAGCUGGAAUGGGCCAUUUGGUCCCUCAAGCCUGCCCAGUGUUUCAAAAAGAUUUUCUCAAUAUCAACCCUCUGAAGUGCCCUCAGAAUCAUCUUUGCUUCAAUAAGAUCACCGUUCAUUUUUCAAAACUAAUGAAUAAAUGCCUAACCUGUUUAGUCAUUCUCAAUAAGUCAACCCUUUCAUGCUAGGAAUCAGCCUACUGAAUCCCUUUUGAACAGCCUCUGAUGCCAAUAUAUUCUUUUUUAAAUAAGUGGGCAAAAACUACUCAAUACACUGUGUGUGGCCGAUAGUUGUAGUAAGACUUCUCUAUUUUUAAACUCCAGUCCUUAAACAACAAUGGCCAAAAUUUAAUUUAUUGCUUUAAUUGCUAGUUUUGAAUUUUAUGCACAAGGACACCCAUAACCCCCUCUGUAUAUUCUUGGAGACUCAGUUAAAUAAUCUGUUUUUUGAUCCCUCUAAUCAGUGUAUGACCUCCUACUUCCCUUCAUUAAACUCCAGUUCGAGGCUUUUGCCCACUGGCUCAACCUAUUGAUAUCCCCUUGCAGAAUUCUUAUGUCUUCAUUACAACAUACAGUCCUAUCUAAUUUUGUAUUAUCAUUUAAUUUUGAUACAUUACACUCUGCCCCAUCUCUUAAAUCAUUAAUAUAAAUGAUAAUUAAGGGUCUGGGACUGAUCCUUGUGGGACUCUACUAGUUUUGACUUUCCAAACUGAUGAUUUUAUUUUGAAAAAAAAAAGAACAACGAAUGCUGGAAAAUCUUAGCAGGUCUGGCAGCAUCUGUUGAGAGAAAUCAGAGUUAAUAUUUCGGAUCCACUGACCCUUCCUCAGAACUGAUGGUAGCUAGUCUUUUAUACAGAAGAUAGGUUGAGGGUAAGGAGUAAAUAAUAUGUGGAGAUAGAGCUCACAAAGGAAAAAAACAGACAAAAGGUUGACCAUCAGCCUGGGAGAACGGAUGGUUACUAGUAAGGACAAUUAAUGGCCAAUGACAGGUUUUGUGUAAUAGCAGACGUUGUGAUAACAAGGCCUGCUAUGUGGAGUUUGGGGUAAGGACAUGGGAGAAGGUGCUACAAAAUGAAUAUUCAGUCCAGAAGGCUGGUGUGUACCCAAGUGGAAAAUAAGGUGUUGUUCUUCAACUUGCGCUGAGCAUUGCAACAAGCCUGAGACAGAUGUUGGCCAGGCAACACAGUGGUGUAUUGAAGGAGCAGGCAACUGAAAGUUCACGGCCUUUUUUUGCAAACAGAACAUUGGUGUUCUGCAAAAUGAACACCCAGUCUAUGCUUCGUUUCCCUCAUGUAGAGGAGACCAUAUUGUGAACAGUGACAGCUGGAGACUAGAUUGAGUGAAGUACAGUUAAACAUGCUGCUUCACCUACAAGGUGUGUUAGGCCCCUAGGAUACUGAGGAGGGAGGAAGUAAACAGAGGUGCUACACCUUCUGCAUUGCAGAGGAAGGUGUCAUGGGGUUGUGGGGAUUGUUGAGAGUGAAGAAAGAGUCCUGGAGGGAAUAGUCCUGGUGGAAGGCUGACAGGGGUGGGAUAUGUGUGUCUGAUGGUGACAUCGCACUGGAGUUGGUGAUAAUAGCAGCUAAUGAUCCUCGUUAUGUGGAUGCUGGUGGGAUGGUAGGUGAAGACAAGGGGGACCCUAUUCCUGAAGAAAGGAGGUGAGGGCUGAAAUGUGGAAGAUGGGUUAAACUUGGCUGAGGACCUUGUCAACUACAGUGCUCGGGAUUCCUCAGUGGAGAAGGAAGAUGGCUAUCUCAGAUAACUACUCGUCAAAGGUGGCAUCAUCAGAACAGAGUUGGAGGAACAGGCGGAAUGGAAUAGAGUCUUACAGAAGGCAGGGUGUGCGGCUGUAUCAUCAGUUAGUUUUGUAGUGGAUAUUGGUGCCCUAAUUGAUAAAUUUCAAGAUGCUUUGUGUUUUGUUUAUAGCUCUGUGCUGGCCUUUUCAAUGCUUUAUACACAUACAUCCAAGUCAUUCUCUGAAUUUCUCAAUAUUUUUUGCAGACUAAAAGAGGUUUUAAUUCAUUCAGAGCCUGUUGCUUGCACAAAGUUAAAAUUCAGCCUUUUAUUCCCUCCUGACAGCUUACUUUCUCAUUGAGUUUGUCAGUAAACUUGGGUACCUUAUACUGAGUUCCUUUGUCUAAGCCAUUAAUAGGCUCCAGUGAAUGUGCAAGAACAGCUCACAGGAUUACUCCUUUGGUAUUUUUUUCUCUAGCAAAAUUGGAAUUUUAGCAGAGAAGAAAUUGGACCUACAUUCCCUAUUGGUGCAAGACAUAGCUGUGUUCUAUAUACUGUACUGAUCGGAGAUAUUUUUAAAUCAUUGUCAUCAAGUUGCAGCCUCUUUUGUCUAUUUUUAAAAAACCCUCAGAUGGAAAAUGUUUUUCCACAGUACUUCUCAUUGAAAAUCAUCACAAGCCCUUACCUAUUUAACAUACUAAUUGGAACAUUCUAGUUAAUGGACUUUUGCCUUAAUCCUUUGUGUGCAUUUGGAACACAAACCCAGGUGAUUUUUAAAAAUCUAAUUAAUGUCUUAAGGUUCAAGACUGUUAACUUAUUAAAUUUGCUACUGUUUGGCCAUGUAACUCUGGGUAAUGGUUUGCUUUGAGAUAACAUUCUGAUGAGAUCUUCAUUUUAAUAUGUAUUCAGCAUUUUCUGGGGAAUUGGAAUAUUUUUUUAAAAACUGUGCACUUAUCAAUCUGCAAUUU